AAGUUUUCCAAAUAUUGUUUCCCUACUUCUGGUGGAUUCCACGGCAUUCUCCAAUCUACAUCACUAUUUCCAGAGAUGCCAGCAGCCAGUCGCAAAUAACUCCUGCCAAUUUAUCUCUCCCUGCUUUUUCGCGGUCCUAGUCAGAUUCUGAUCCAAUCAAUCGUCCGAUCCACAAGCAAAAAAUUCUCCUUGUCUCAGCCACUAGUCUUUUCCGCAGAUUCUUAGCAACUCGACAAUCUCGCAACACAUGUAUAUGAGAUUCUCCCUCCAGAUUACAAACAGUACAGUAACCUUGUCCUCCAUCCCAUCGAGUUGGAAGUCUUUUGUGUUUUGUCUGCCACAUGAAAAGCUUGACUCUUUCAGGUUCCAUUCUCCUCUCUCAACUAUGAGGUCAUACACUUUCAGGUUCUGAUCAACAGGUCCCUCUUGCAACCUAUAGUUCUUCAGCGGUUCUCCAGCCUUGUGCGGUUUUCGGUUUCUUCGUUUUAGCUAAGGACAAGAACCCGCGUUUUUAAUAUCGCGGACCCCACUCCUCCUUACAUGUUAAUAUUUGGUUUGGUUUAGACCGUUCGGUUGCAGGAGGCAGGGCAGAUUAUAUAUCUCUAUUUGACUUAUCGGCAAUUCAACUUCCUUAGUGGCAAAGGCAAAUACCUUAGAUAAAAAUGUUUUGUACCCAAUAAUCGCUGUGUCUAAUUUCUCGCAGAGCUGAUCAUUAUCAAUAUGGAGCAGCCUCUGUUAUCGGAAACAAGAAGUCAAUCGUCCGACAGAGAGAGCGGAAAGUGGAGCGCGUAUCAGUAUGCGGGAAGAACGGGUUCUGUGAUUCCUACUGCUUCAUCAUUGGCCGGCACUGAGGUGAGUGUCGAUGAAAUUCGCUCUGCUGCCGCUGCUUCUUCCAAUUACUAUCCGCCCUCCAUUCAUGGCGCUUUGGUUAGCUCGCCUGAGCCCUAUCCUCCAGAGCAAGCUAUUGUUCCCCAAGGAGGAUAUGCAGGAGAUUACGGUGGAAGCAGGGCGGAAUACCAGAGGGGAGUCUUGGAUGAAGUAGAGAUCCGAGGAUUGCUUAUUGAUUAUGUUGGUCACCGCUAUUGUUGGGGUAGCCGUCCUGCUCGAACAUGGAAAAUUCAUUCUGUGGAAGACUGCAAUGUUUAUGUGGGCACUUUAGAUACUUUUACUGAGGAAAGAGAGACCAUAAAAGAGACUGAGCUAUACACUGGUGGCAGCAUAGAUGGAAAGCAUAGUGGGCCUGAACUUGGUGUAUGGGAAUUGGAUUUAAGGUCUCAGUUUCCUGUUCUGUUUGUGACAUACAAAGAAGUGCGGGAAAAGAUUCCUCAUUCUGAAGUUAUUGAGAAAUGCACUGCUUGUGAAGGACGGGGUAGUAUUGUCUGCUCUGCAUGUAAUGCAGACCAAGAACCUGGAUAUUAUAAAGAAAAUCAGAUGACCGACUGCCUUGCUUGCCAUGGAAGGGGUUUGAUUGCUCAUAAAGAUGGAUCUGAUACAGUAUGUGUUAAAUGCAAUGGUAAGGGAAAGAUUCCUUGCUCAACUUGCGGAUCUCGUGGACUAAUCAAGUGUGUGACCUGCAAAGGAAGUGGCUCUCUCCUGGCACGCAGUGUGGCAGUUGUUAAAUGGAAAACACUAUCAACUCGAAAAGUAAAUGCAAACAGUGGGGCAGCAUCAGUUCCAGAGGAGGUUUUCCACAGAUCCAAAGGGGUUCAGUUGUGCAAUACUCAGGCACAGCAAUGCACUCCAGCCUUCUUUGCUGAUUCUUUCUUCCUCAACAAGUUCUCCUCCGAAGUCAUUGCAGAAAGAGCUGCUGUACCUGUCACUGCAAGGGUCAUCUGUGAGAGGCACACCAUCUCGGUUGUCCCAGUGACUAGGGUCACCAUGGCUCACGGGCGGAGAUCUUUCAGCUUCUAUAUCAUAGGGCAGAGCAGGGAGGUGUACAUGAAGGACGAUUACCCUGCUAGAUUUUGUUGGGGUUUAUGUCCUUGCUUGGAGUGGCUGAAGUUGUGAUCUGCAAAAUCCUCAUCCCAUAAGCAUUUUGGCCUAUGUUUUUGCUUUCUCCAGAUUUGAGUGUGUUUCUUUUCUGAUUGUUCUUAACAAUACAGAAACAAAUUUCUCGGUUCAAGGUUUGUAGAUGGAGCACGACACCAAGUGAAACUCAACUCCGUAGUG